UGAAGCGUCAUCCUUUCUGAUGUAGAGCGGCACGGCGGCCUUUCUUUGCUGCUCUACAUUUCCCCCAGUUUUUCCGCCCUUAUCCCAGUAUUUCAGCUCUUAAUUUCUUGAACCAUGGCUCUGAAGGCGCCACUUCUCGCAGCUUGCCUGCUCCUUGUAGCUGCUCUGGGCUCGAAGGUUUCAGCGGAUGGUUUGGUGAACGAGGAGGUGAAGAGGACAGUGGACCUGAGCACUCAUCUGGCUAAAAUCACCGCGGAGAUCGUGUUGUCCAACCAGGGACACUCUGCCGUCCAGAGCUUCAUACUCGCGGUAGAGGCUGAUCUGGUCCCAAACCUGGCUUACAUUGGAGCCUCGGUGAAGGGCGAGGAGGAGGAGGAUGGCACACUUGAACUCCAACAGACAACAAUCCCGGGCCAAAGUGGGGACUUUUAUAAAGUGCAGCUGCCCUCCAGUCUGGCAGCUGGCGCUCAGCUGAAAGCGAAGGUGGAGAUGACUUUCAGCCACGUCCUGAAGCCAUUCCCCACACACAUCACCCAGGCCGAGCGCCAGCUGGUGGUAUUUCAGGGAAACCACUACCUGUACUCACCAUACCCGACCCGCAGCCAGACCACACGUGUCCGCCUGGCCUCCAAGACUGUUGAGAGCUACACCAAGCUGGGCAACCCCACCAAGGCAGAUGAGAUCAUUGAGUACGGACCCUUCCGUGACGUGGCCCCAUUCAGUGAGGACACAAUGAAGAUCCAUUAUGAAAACAACACACCCUUCCUCACCAUCAGCAGCAUCACUCGCACCAUUGAGGUGUCUCACUGGGGCAACAUUGCUGUGGAAGAGACCAUCGACCUGAGGCACACAGGAGCCAUCCUUAAGGGCCCCUUUUCACGUUACGAUUACCAGCGUCAGUCAGACAGCGGCAUCUCAUCCGUCAAAUCCUUCAAGACUAUCCUUCCUGCCUCAGCCCAGGAUGUCUACUACAGAGAUGAGAUCGGGAACAUCUCCACCUCCCACCUUCAGAUCCUGGAUGACUCAGUGGAGGUGGAAGUCAGGCCCCGCUUCCCCUUGUUUGGAGGCUGGAAGACCCACUACAUCAUUGGCUACAAUCUGCCCAGCUACGAGUACCUCUACACCCUGGGUGACCAAUAUGCACUGAAGAUGAGACUAGUUGACCAUGUGUAUGAUGACCAGGUCAUUGACUCCUUGACUGUGAAAAUUAUCCUGCCAGAGGGGGCCAGACACAUCCAUGUGGACACACCGUACAAAAUUGAUCGUAUGCCCAACCAGCUGCACUACACAUAUCUGGAUACCUUUGGCCGACCUGUGCUGGUCGCCACCAAGAACAACCUGGUUGAGCAGCACAUUCAGGAUGUUGUGGUUCAUUAUAACUUCAAUAAGAUCCUGAUGCUGCAGGAGCCUCUGUUGGUUGUAGGGGCCUUCUACAUUCUUUUCUUCACUGUCAUCAUCUAUGUUCGUCUUGACUUUGCCAUCACAAAGGACCCUGCUGCUGAGGUUCGUAUGAAAGUGGCCUCCAUCACAGAACAGGUCCUGACUCUGGUUAACAAACGUCUGGGUCUGUACAGACACAUGGACGAGGUGGUCAACCGCUACAAGCAGUCCCGGGACACUGGUGCGCUCAACAGUGGCCGGAAGACGCUUGAGGCUGACCACCGCACUCUCACCAAUGAAAUCAGCUCCCUUCAGGCCCGCCUCAAAGCUGAGGGCUCUGACUUGGCUGAUAAGGUCGGGGAGGUGCAGAAGCUGGACGGCCAGGUGAAGGAGCUGGUGUGUCGUUCUUGCCUGGAGGCGGAGCGUCUGGUGGCGGGUAAGGUCAAGAAGGAGGCUUACAUCGAGAGUGAGAAGACUCUGACCAGCAGGAGACAGGAGCUUGUCAGCCGUAUCGACAGUCUGCUGGAUGCCCUCUAAACUACUCCUGCCACACUAGCACACAAAAACACACACAUUCAGCACCCCUGCUACAACAUACAACCGACUGUCUGUAUGUAUGAGAAUUAAAAGAAAUGUGACACAAUUCUUAAACAUUUUUUUUUUUUUUUUACCAUCCUUGUUCCCAGACAUGGACUAUUAACAUCUCAUCCUACAGUAGUGAAGGGUUUAUCCAAACACUUGUGCCUUUGUGCCUUGUGAUAAACUUGAGGUCACUGCAUGUUCAGCUCUACAGCAGCUACAUCACAACGUUUGGCUUUUUUGUUUCUGUUUUUGAUUUUGAUGAGCUACACUUUGUCACAAUUUGCUCAGACUUGACUCUUCAUUUUCAAAUCUGGACUCAAUUUUUUUUUCAUUCCUAAGUAUGUGCGGUUAAGGGAUUUUUUUUUAUUUCUAUGAAUAGCUGAGGGGCCCAAGUGUUUGCAGUCUCAUGUCUUUACUCAGAUAUGCCAUAUUCUAAGAUUGAAUCAUUUUUAGCUCUUAAGAAUGAAGGUGAUAGUCUUUUCCAAUCUUAGCUCUCUUGCACUUACUUUUUUUCUACUCGCCCCUGACUGAUGUUUAUAUUGAAAAAAGUUGAAGCUCUGAUUCUGUGUCAUCCCAAAUGCUUGUUUUUGAUGUCCCUCAGUCAUAUUUUCUAUAUUUUGUAUCACUUUGUUUUGUAAGUGGUAUUUUUUUUUACCAUGAGAUUAGUGAAUACAUGAGAUUAGGUUAUAUGUGAGAAAAGACAUGAGAAAUGGGACACAAAUGUUUGUGAAAUGGGCAAUGAUAUGGAAAGCUGUCAAAUUUGAAAUAAAAUGUGGAGAAACUCA